AUGGAUUUUGUGUACACAACACGCAGUCGCAACAGCGCCCUUUUAGAAAAGGACGAAAUUAUUUUGUGGCGUAGACGGUAUUUGGCAGAUAUUCGUAAAUAUCGUGAAGAACACAUCUAUUAUCUUGACGAGACGUGGGUCAACGCAGUCGAUUGUACUAGUAAAACCUGGGUAGACAAGACAAUUAAAUCGCCUCGUGACGCAUUUCUACGAGGACUCACGACGGGGUCUCAGAAUCCAUCUGGCAAAGGCAAGAGACUCAUUGUUCUCCACAUUGGGUCAGAAGAGGGGUUCGUGCCAGGUGGUCUCCUGUGUUUUGAGUCCAAAAAAACGACCGACUACCACGAAGAAAUGAACGUUAAAAGAAUAAAACCACAACACGACAAAUAUUUGAUUGACGAACUGGCCCAAACACAUAACAAGAAAGUUUUGAGACUCCCGCCAUAUCAUUGCGAGUUGAACCUGAUCGAAUUGUCGUGGGCCAACGUAAAAGAUCAUGUAAAAAAAAACAACACCAGCUAUAAACUUAACGACGUCAAAACAUUGUUAUUAGAAGGUAUAGAGCGAGUGGAUGCAAAUAAUAUGUGGAGAAAUUUCGUAAAACACACGAUGGAAGAGGAAGAAAAAUUUUACAAUAUAGAUUUUAUUAUAGACGACGUGUUGUCUGCAGAAACACAAAGUUUGACAAUUACGGUUGGUGAUACAUCUUCGGAGUCAGAAAUCUCUAGUGAUGUUGAGUAA